UAUGGAUAGCUAAUUUCUAAAGAAUAGCCUUGUGAUGUGAAUCACUAUAGGAUAAUGAUAAGUUCAAAUGCUUUACAUUGACAGAAUGAAUGUAUUAAAAUGAGAGAAGCAUUUGUGGAAGACAAGUCUUAUAGCUUCAAAAAUAUGAACAAGCACAAGUAUGUGAAUAAUAAGACUGGAUUCAUACAUUGGACUAAACUGUAAUGUGAUUUUGAACCUGAUGAACUUGCAUUUGGCUUUGGGUAAUUGUGGUUUAUUUGACAAAUCAUAAUUAAAUAAGCCUUUUCUUAUUUUAAACCAAGCUAGGACUGAAAUCCCAUUAUGUAGAAAACUGCAGUUAACAAUGAGCAUGUUGUUCCAUGGUAUAUUAGUUCUUUGAAACAGCUUUUUGUUUCCAGCCUGAAUUUCCCCGUCAGAAAGAAGUCCACAGGUCAAUGCUACUUUCUAUGUACAAUGUGGACUUGCUAUACCAAGCCAAGCGUAAAUGCAAUGCCACACAGGAAUUGGAUAUUGAUCUUUAUGAAGGAGAGGUGGUGGCUCUCAUAGACCAAAAGGAUCCUUUUGACUGCACAAGCAGGUGGCUUGUUGAUACUGGAAUUCUUAAAGGAUACGUUUAUUCUUCCUUCCUGAAACCCUAUAAACCAGCCAAGGCACCAAAAAAUGCUGGGGAAACCAAUUUCUGUGAUGGUGACUUUGAUAACAUCAGCCUUUUUGUCUCUUCACGACAACCGGAUGACAACAGUUCAAAACCCACAGGACACAAAAGAAAUGGCAGUGACUCUUCCUAUAAUAGUCUGUGUGAAAAAGAAUCUGUUAAUGGCUCUGAACUGGAGAGCUUUUAUGAAACGGAUGAGCAACACACUUUCUAUGCUGUUCAUGCAUUUCAAGCAAGGAGUAAGCAGGAACUCAGUCUUCACGAAUAUCAGCGAGUUCAAAUCCUUCGUUUUUCAGACCUGAGUGGCAAUAAAGAAUGGUGGUUAGCUGAAGUUGAAGGACAAAAAGGAUACGUGCCAGCUAAUUAUCUUGGGAAGAUGACAUACACGUAAAUAUCAGAUUGCUGACGGAAUAAAUUCUCAGAGCCAGAAGACUUUUGUUGAGAUAUUAUCACCCCUGAAUUUUUGUGCCUUAAAAAAUGCAAUAAGCUAAGAGCUUUCAAAAUCCGGAAUUGAAGUACUUGUGAAGAAGAAUUUUUGAUGGAAUGCGUGCAUUUGCUUUUACUUUUCAACUUUUGUCACACUGGACUGGACAAGAACUCUUGUAAUGCCUUCCACAGAUUUAUGAGAAAUUUAAUUAUAUUGAACUAAUCUGCUAAAC